GCUUGUAAACAGCGCGCGGAAAGAUGCGCCAAACGGGGCAGGUUUGGUCUGACAUCUUCUCCAAACCGCUCCGAACCGGACCGUAAACACCCUUGCAGUAAAAGCUAUGUAGGGCUCCUUCUGCUUCAAUUUCGCUGAGCAAGUUGGCUGUUGUGGAAGAAUCCUCCGGGGCAGAACUCAGAGGGGGUUUUUGAGCUGAGAUGGAGGAGUUGGAGGAGGUAGCUGUGGGCCAAAUCCCACGCACGAACGCGCGGCAUAUUAAGAAGAGAGCUCUCAAGAACAAAGCUCUCUCUGUCACUUUCAAUGAAAAAGAUCUCAGGGACUUUGUCACUGGUUUUCACAAGAGAAAGAAGAAAAGGAGAAAGGAAGCACAGCAUAAAUUACAAGAGAAGGAAAGACUCAGGCGUAUUCAGGCCCGUAAACAGAGAAAGCUGGAGAGAGAUCUGGCUUUAUAUGGUGGAGCUCAACCAGCCACUGAUGCAGGAGUUGAUGAGGGUGGUGAUGACAUUGACCAGGAAGAGGGAACUGAUCCAACUACAUCAAUUUCUGUUGAAGGGACAAGUAUGUAUGACAACGGUGAUAUGACUAUCACAGUGACAAUGAGUGAGAUCUCUCGAGAAGAAGAUGCAGAUUUAAGGCCAAAGACACAGUUAAUCCCUAGAUCAAGUAUUGGUGGUACUGAAAAGAGGCACCAAAUACCUUUGAAUAAGAAGACAUUCAAAAAAUCCCAAAAGCACAAGCCACUUCGAAGGCCACAGAAGAAACGAGACAAAAAGAAGGGAAAGAAGAACAAGAAGCACUAGCAGUAAGCAUUAAGUUGUAUUUGUUUCUGAAAGGACAGAAUAGUCACUUUGAUCUACUUCUGAAAAAAAGACGGUUUGUUUGGUUGGUUAUAUAAAGUGAUAAUUUGUAACUUGGUUGUCUA